AAAUCUCCCGCCAAGGUCGAAAUCUAAAAUAACAAUAAAAAUAAGAAAUCAAUAGUCUGCUGGACAGGCUGACUAUAAAAAUGGAUCACCACUUUGAGCAACCAAUAAAACCACCGAGAACUUCGUCUUUACCGUAUGAUCUAGCUACUAGAUCUUCGAGAACGACUCCAGACUCUCACUCGCUGGCUUCUUACACCCAGUCUUUGAAUCUUUCAAAUAGCACGCCAACUAGAUCUCAUCCCUACGCGUCUGAUGACUACUACUCCGGUGAUACAAUUAGCGCAAGUGACGGUCUAGCUUCUAUUGAUUGCACUCAGACAGAUUUCUUCCCUUGUCAGGAUAUGCUAGGGAUCCAACCACAGGAAAGCGUCUACGUUCCCUUGCAGACGCACCAUAGCUACCAGCUAUCGAGGCCACCGAGUUUGACCUCUCUCACAAACUCAGACAAAACUUCACUGUCAAGCUCAAUUAAGCGAUUUGAACCCCCUUCGCCUAACUACCCAGAUCAGUCUUUUGAACCACCACCGAAAUUCUCGAGACUGGGCCAGUUCAACAAAGCAGCAAACGACGUAUUAGACGUAGAGACAGCCUCGAGAAAUUCUUAUUCGAGGGCUCUGCCAAGUUACUCGCACCAUCCCUCUCCAUUAACCUAUUCCUCCACUACCUCCGACCAGGAGCUCACUACUCAAUACCAUUCAAACAACUACUACCAACCUUUAGGAGGAACUCCUCAAUAUCCUGAUUAUUAUGGUAGCUCUUUUUAUCCUACCAUGUCCUCCCAGAUAUCGCGUCCAAACACCUCUCAUAGCCGCAAAUCCAGGUCAACGAGUAUAUCCCAGCAAUCUGCUAAUUCUAGAGUAUACGGUGGGUGGGGUAUGCAUCAGCCUCAUCUCGCUAUGACAGGUAUCCGUCAAGCUCAUUUACCAGCACCAACUAGAAUAUCUUCUUUAGACCAUACCCAAUUAUUUACACCAGAUAUUACUCAAAUAGAAUCUCCCGAAGCUAUUUCUUCGAAUCCAAUACCUAUGUCUGGUGUAAUCACUCCAGAAAUGGCUUAUACUAGCAGCAUGACAAGCGAUGGUGCUAGUAUUUCAGACAGUAUGUCCGGAAGCUUUUCAGGUAGCGCCGCACCAAGUAUAGCUACUAGUAUGACCGGUAGUUUAUCAGCUGUAUCUGAUACCGGUCCAAUGACGAUUCGACCUAUGCCAGUUCGCAAGAGGGCACAAACACUCGCUACACCUAAUCCACCUAUUCCGCCCUACUUGCGACACACCAAGAAUCAAACGCCAUCUAUUCUCGAAACUAUCGAUAGUAAACCACGUCCAAGAUCACGGUCUUCGACAAUGAGUAAUGGUGACGAUGGCAGCCAGAUGGCGACUUUCAACCCUGAAUUGAAGGAGCUUUUGGAUAAAAUAUUUAUUGAAUACUUGAACGAUGUUUGUUCAGAUCUAAACGUAACAGAUUCACGAGGAGAAUUCCUGCAUCAAACGCUGACGGCUAAAAAGAUGCAAAAAUUGGAUCAAUCUGAUGAUUUCCGACCAUUCAAAUUCCGGAUACAAGCUUUCACGUCCGCCUUUCAAGAUCGAUUGUUACAGCACAAUAUUGGAGAAUCCAUCAUGCCGUUAAAACGCGUAAAAAUAUACCUAUGGUCAUCGCCCUAUAUAUCUCGCUUUAAUGAGGAUGGCAAAAAGGCCAAGAGCAAGGGUAAUCAUAUUUGGAAUAUUAGCGCAAGGAAAGACCGGCAGAAUGGUGGAUGGGUAUUUGAGGAAUUCGCCCCACGAAUUUCGGGUAUACCACCAGCAGUUGCUUAUACUGGCGUACCUUGGUCAUUUACACCCCGAGUUUGGGAUCCAAGAAAUUCAUUCGCGCAGCUGAAGCCAACAUUUUCUUCUCCGGCACUUCCACAUUGGUUGAGCUGGGUAUUCCAGCCUACCACCCGGGGAGAAGGCAGAUACACGCUCACGGGAACACCUGAUGCGACAGCCAGGACAACGGAGAUUGUGAUUGAAGCGAAUUAUAUACAAAACGGCCACCCAAAUAAGUUACACUUUGCGUUCUUGCUUAAGAUAGCCGAUGAGCAGAAGCAGCCUACGUCAGCGCCACCAGGAGCGUUACCUACGAUCAAGGACUCACCAAUAGACACCUCGUCUGCUGGAUUAACAUACUCACCAUCACCCGACGAUCUUUAUUAGGACGAGUGAGUAGCGGGAUGCGUUCACGACACCUACACUUUCAUUUGUAAU